AAAGAGGUAAGACAUGAGAAAACUUCGCCGAAAUUCCCGCUACUCUUCCCUCCUCCCCUACUCUAUCUGACAACAAUCUUUUUAGGAGUUCUACUCUGUCAUAGCUACCGAACUUACUCUCAAAAUCCCAAGUAUCUUCAUCCACAAGCCAUUCAAACAUUUGCUUCCAACCUUCCCCUUUUCGUUUUUAAUUUAAUUACCAACACGUCCCUAAACCCAUUAUUUAUAACUCUACAAACGCAUUAAUGCUCUACGGCCUUAACAUUAACCAUUCUCUCUUCCAUGAUCUCUCUCCCUAAUUAAGUUUUUUUAUUUUCCUUCUCUUUCUCUCUACUCUCUCUCAAGUCUCAACUCUCCGAUGCGUUACACUACAGAGCGGGAGGAGAAAGAAGAGGACCUCCGAUGGCGAUUGUUCUUUCUUCAGGACUUUGUUUUCCCCUCUUCUACUUCACGGGAAAGCCCCGCCCACUCUGACCCUUCUCUUCCUGGAAAUAACUUUUACGAGAACCAAAACCCUAGAGUUCAAACCCGCCCCACCUCCCAAAAUCAAAAUUAUCCCACUCAAAACUUUUCUUGUGGAAGCCCGGCCACCACGGGCGCUGGGAACGUUUAUUUCCAAGACUCUAUUUCUGAUUAUCGUUUCGAUAUGCUUUUCCCUCAACGAGAUACUCUUUCUUGUGAUAUGAGUCCGGCUCAUGCAAGUUUUGGAUCAUCGGAGACUGGGACGGAACUAAACCCUGGUCUUGACCAGACCACUCAUGAACAAGGCCUUGAAACUUUACUGAGUCGGCUCAAUCUAUCAAAUCUACCUCCUCCGUCUCAAUUUCUGUCUCCACCAGCUUGUCUAGAAGAUGCCUGGUCCGGUGUUGAUUCUAUGCGAGGGAAUAUUAAUUCUUAUGACUCUAUAAACAGUGGGCUUGCUCCUCCAACGUAUGCGCAAGAACGUAACUGGCUGAAUAUGGGACCAACGGGUUAUUGUACAAGGUCCCGUGGAGUACCAUUAUCGAGCUAUAACAUUAGCAACGAGUUCGAUUGGCAAUGCGGAAGGCAAUCAUCUUUAGGGACAAUGAAUUAUGAUUAUCCUUUUAGGUCUUCUUCUAGUCCUAAUGGGAUUCGAUUAGAUUCCAAAUUCCAAACUCGGGAAACGUUCGGUAAUGGUCUGAGCUCCGACGAUUGGAUUUCAUUUCAGCCGUCGCAACGGCCUCCAACUUCCCACUUACUGAAAGAAUUGAACCGCCAACAACUGAUUUUGGAGUCCGAACGUCGACGGGGUCACCCUUUGUCGCAGAGGUUUGAGGAGUGGAAGGAUCAUUUGCACACGUUAAUGGUUCACCCAGAUUACCACUAUGAAGUUCAGAAGCGUUUCGAACAAAGCAAUGAACAACAACUGACUGAAAUUCUUAUAUCUUUGAUCAAGGAUUCACAAAAGCUAGCGCGCACUUGCAAUGACAACAAUGGAAGUCGGUCAGUGCAGAAGUUGCUGAGCCAUCUCAAAACUCCGGUGCAAAUAUUCUUUGCAAUAUCAGCUCUAAGGGAAAUUACACUUACCUUGGCCAAGAGCCCGAGCGGUCAGUUUGUAAUUAAGAAGUGCUUGCAACUUUUCUCCGCCAAAGCUAAUGAGGAUAUUCUGAAUGAGAUCGCAGAGAACUGUAUUGAGAUUGCGACAGACAAAGUUGGGUGUUGUAUAAUGCAAGAUUGUAUCGGUACUGCUGAUGAAGAAACUGGGGAACGUCUUGUGAAUACAAUCGUAGCAUAUGCACCAUUCCUUUCACAGCAUUCUUAUGGGAACUUUGUUGUGCAGUACAUAUUAUCUCGGGGGAGGCCGGAAGUUGCAGAAGAAUUACUGGCAAAGCUUAAAGGAAGGUUUCUUAUGCUCUCGCUGGACAAGCAUGGCAGCCAUGUGGUGGAAAAUUUCUUGCGAACAUAUGAUGAAGAAAAAUUUUCUUCUAGGAUUAUUGAGGAGCUUAUUUCUGGUGAUCCAGAACGUUCCUUGAUUCUUUUUCAGGAUCAGUGGGGUAAUUAUGUUGCUCAGACCGCCAAGAAGGUAGCUAAGGGACACACCCGCGAAGUUCUUAUGUCACUCAUUAAUUCUUACAAGCCAUUUUUGGAAAACCAUCCUCAUGGUAAAUGUGUGCUGGGCCCAGCCAGUGGCCGCAAGAAGAAGUAGUACCGUAGGGUACAAUCAUCAUCCACGCUGUGAAGCUGGCAUCAUUUGUUGUCGAAUUUUGCAUUUUCCCCUCCAUCUUAGGACUUAAUUAUUUGUUGUUUUUGGCCUGGCCGGGUAUAUAUGGCUCUGGCUGUGUUUUUUUGUUGUCAGUUCUCAAUUAGGUUGUCGGUUUGUUUUGAUCUUUGGGUCAAAUUUUGAGGCCGCAGGAGAUCUAAUCUGAUCAUCUGAGGGCGUGCUUUUUUGUUGUCAUGUGUUGCAUUUCUCUCGAUCUAGUGUUAUUUGUUGUUGUCGGGUAUGUUGGGGUGGCUGAGUUCAUCGUGUCUGUUCUAAUUAGGAUUUCGGUUUGUUUGGAGCUCUGCUUUAUGUUGGAAGUUUGAGUCGCCGGAGAAAAUGCAUGAAUAUACAUGCUCUGAUGAUGAACUACUGAUCAUCAUGGCGUGUUUGAAGGUAUUAUUCUUUCUCUGCACAAGCCAUAAUUGAGUUGGAUUGCAAAGAAAAUAAUGUCCUUUGAGUUAUCAUGUAUUCUCCGGGACCGGGCUUCUAGCUAGCAAGCUACUUGUUGCUUAUUGUUAUUAAUAUAUUUAUUUGUUUAA